AUGACAUCUUAUCCAAUAACUCUUUGCUUUUCCCUUAAAAUAAGGUGGCUGGCUAGCGCUUACUCUACCACAUUCACCAAUUCUUAUUUCUCCCUAUUGGGUGCAAGACACCAACAACUUGUAUAUGAAAGCAAGGUUUAUUCCCUUCUUUCUGCUGGUGUUGGAAUUCCUCGCGUACAGUAUUCGGGGGUUGAAAAUAAUUAUAAUUGCAUUGUGAUGGAUUUGUUGGGUCAUUCUUUGGAGGAUUUGUUCAACAUUUGUCAGCGACGUUUUUCUUUGAAGGUUUUAUUUUUUGAAAAAAAACAAUUAAUUGGGGGGGGGGGGAGGCAAUUGGUCGUUCAAAUACGAAUUUUUGGUCGAGAUGACUUAUCCCACUUGGAGUAUUUUAAUGAAGCAAUGCCUUCAGGGAGGGAUUUUGGGGCUAUUAAUCGUUUAAAUGUGAGUUUUUAG